AUGUCAGGAAAAUCCGUGUUUUGGAAUGCUUAUUUCGACAUAGUACAACCAAAAGAUUAUAGUUUUGUAGGCUUUUACACAUAUAGAUCAAAGCAAGCCGAUUUCACUUCGGUCUUCAAAAAAGAAUCGUAUAAAUUAAAAAGCGAUCUUGCUAAACUGAAGAAAUAUGGUUCGCCUGAAAUGAAAAUAGGCGCUAGUAAUCUGGAGCGUGUCCACAAGGGACAUCGCAAAUAUUUCAAAGACGCUGAUAUGUUUUGGAUGAAAAUUGAAAGACAACUGGCUGAAGCAGAGACAUCGUGUACUAUAAUGCAAGACACCACCGAAGUGUUCAAAAACUCCAUUAAAAAUGUUAAUGCUUCCAUCGGGAAUGUUAACAAUGCAAUGCUCCAAUAUAAUGAAGAGCUUGGGGGUCCUGAGAGUGUAUUAGGAAAGAGGCGAAUUUAUGAAAGUGAUGAGGAAAGUCAGAUUUCAAAGAAGCAUCAAAACCAAUUUACUACACCACCACCACAAUCAUCACGAGAAGGCAGUGACCUACUGAACACUUUUAUUGGGUCAACUAAUGUUCUAGAGUCUUGUCAGGUUUCUGUCUUUGAUGGAGGACUUCCAAACUAUGUGGAGGGCAUGGAAAUUGAUCCGGAACUAAUAGUUCAAGAAACUGAAGAAGCUAUAAUUUCAUAUUCUAAGCAUUUGUUUGACCAUAAUUCUUGGAAGAAUUGGACACUGAAAUCUGGCUCAGUAGUCACUAAAAUGUUAAGACGAGCAUCAAGAAUCAUAGGGCAUCCUCUGAGGCCAGAGAAAUCAUUAGAAUCUUUGGGACCUGAAAUUAAGCAAAUUAAAUCAAACAUGAAAAUUUGUGAAGUGAACAAAGUGAAAGCAAACAACCAGUCCUCAGAUAAUUUUAAGAAGACCAAGAUAACUUCAUAUCUUGAAGAUCCAUUCAGUACCUUUUUUUGUAAAAUCCUCUCAUUAUUCCAUAAAUACGUUUUUGCAGAAAAUUCUGUAAUGCAACAGCCAAAUGUGUCUGAAGCCAAUUAUGGAGGUUACUUAAUUCACCAUUGUCUAAAGAAAAUGCUUUUUGAUUCAGAAUCUCAUCUAUAUUAUCAUAUGGGAGAAGAGGCUUUAUCUUCUAUUAAGUCUUGUAGAAAACGACGAAAAUCUGUCAAUUUUUAUGAGCAGAAAGCUGAUGGGAUAUUUUUCGUGAAGUUGAAAAAAAAGCUAAUUGAGGUGGGCCACUUAGAAAUGAGUGGUGGAUAUGGGCAUACAGAUAUUCCCCGAUCUACAUGGGAUGGUUGCAAAUUAUACAUUGGGAAUUCUUAUAUGAUGGAAGAAAUUGGGGAACAAUUUCGAGGUGGUUCUCCUGAAACUUUUGCAAAACUAAGAGUUUUUUCAUUACAUACAUAUGAGGAACGAAUCGAGUUAUGGCAAAUGCAUAAUCCAGCCUGCAGUGUUCUGCAAUAUGAACGAUCACAUAAGUCAAUUGUGCCAAUUUGCUAUGAAGAACAUCGUAAGCAUAUAUUUGACUUUGUUGUCCUCCUUUGGGAUCUCAAGCAUGGAUUGGUAGAAACUUCUAAUACAAUAUACCAACUUCAAGAUGAGGACAAUGAUAACUUGUUUGAAUCAACCAAACUUAUCAGAAGUCUUCCAGCAUACCCAAUAACCCCAGAUAAGAAUAAACACAAACUCGGUAUUGGAAAUAUUAAGGAAGACAGUGAUCCUGAUAGUUCUCCAAUUCGAACCGGCCGAAAAUGA